AAGCGUCGCGUUGGUCCGAGAGGGCCUUGGCCUUGGCCUGCUCCUCGGCUAUGGUGCGGUCGAUGACGCCUUUGAUUCCCUUGAACCGCUUGGAGGGUGUUAGCGGAGCUUGCGCGAGGGGGGCAGGCUUGGCUUGGCUAGCUGGGGGCCAGGGGAGACCUACCUCGAACAUUCUGGUCGAGUGUCGAGGGCGCUGCUGGCCGCCGGCGCCUGGUCAGCCUUUACGGUUGCAGAUGCCGUGCGCUCCUGGCAGCAGCCGAGUAGGCGCGAGGGGAGCGGUUCUGCCAACCUCUUGAUGCGAAGGUGGUGGAGAGCCAGCGCUGACAGAAGGCGCCACAGCUCACUGGUAGUUGGUGGUGGGUGCGUUCAACGAUACGCCGAGGAGAGCAAUUCGGAAGUCGCGUGUCGCGGCGUGGUCAAAUCAUGGAGAAGUUAGAUCUAUCGGACAGGCGCGGACAUAGGCAGCGCUCGGACAGCACCAGAGUCAGGAGGGCGACAUGCAGGGUCCAACGUUUUCUCUGCCCGCCGUGUCAGCUUUGGAGUCGCAUUUCGCUGUUGACCCAAGUCUGGCCUUCCUCUAGCUAAAGGUUGCGCCUGCCCGCGCCUGUCCGUCAAUGGCGCGCAAUGCUGCCCAGCUGCAGGGCAGGCCCCGCUGGGUGGGGGGCGCUAGGUAACAUCCGUCUGGGCUGGAGCAUGACGCCAGCUGGAAGCCCUCGCAGUACUGUUAGGUAAUCGGGCAGUCUGAAGCCUUUGUUUUAUGCUGUGUCUGGAUAUCGUUUAUAAACACCACUCGAAAUGGCCUUGAGAGUCUUGGGUUGUUGUCUGGGAUGCCUGCUAGGUCCAUUUACUUGACCAGGCAUUGAAUGAUUGAUUGCUCAGGGUUGCAGGAACAGAGGCCAGUCACUACUAGGCCCUUCUCCUAGACUCGCUCCAGUCAGCAGGGGGCUGUUGUGACUGGGGCACCUGAUGGAUGAGGUCACUGCGCCAGCCUGGCAACGACUGCUGCUUUUUCGCAAAUAGCUCCAGUCAAUCGCAAAGACCUCACUGUUGACAUCGCGACCCUAUCUCUCGUGUGCGCGCCACAGAGUCAACGCCAACGGGCCUUUGUUCUUGACUCCAAGCAGCCAGCGAUCCACUCUGGGUCAAAGAAAAAACACACACGAUCCCUGACGGGGCCACAAGCAACCGUAGCCUUCUCCCUUUCCUUCACGAGCCGGACUCCCGGCGACCAAGCCGUCGCUUUUCGCCCACUAUCGCAACCACCACCACUCGCACACAUAUACUAGUCCACCCAGGACUGCCCGCAGAGGGCGCCUCUUGUGGACUGGAUCCCCACGCACCAGUCUGUCCUGCCAGAGGGCAGCCGUCUACGCCGUGAUGGUGUCCUUUUGGCCAUGGGGGGGCGACUCCUCUUCCACAGCCUCGUUCGAGAAGGCGCUCUCCACGCUCUCGGCCAAGAUCACGGCGACCCAGGCCCAGCUUGAACGCACGCGAUCGACCUCUCGGAGAGUCAAGGUGCUUUGGUCGCUGUACCUCUCCUUUGCCUACCUCGUUUACGCUAUCGUCCUCGUCCUUGUCGUUGGUUGGACCCAUAUGGGCCCCUACGAAUGGACCGGUAUCGCGGGCGGGCCCGUCCUCAUAUACACCACUCGUACCAUCCUCACCAUCUACUUCGACUACCGCAUCGACUCCCUCGCCUCUCGCCUCAAGGACCAGCAGGCCGAGCGUGCCAAGACGGUACAGAAGCUCAAGGAGGCCACCAAGUACGAUUCCACCCUCGAGCUUCUGGAGAAAUACGGCGGAGAGCCGAGACGUCCAAGAAGCGGCAAGUCUGGUGGUUCCGAUGAGGGCGAGGGCCCAGAGGACCAAGAUGGCGACAGGGGGAGACAGGACAAAGCCCAAAGCGGCCCGAUUGCUAGGGCCGGGACCCCAGGCCGCACCGGCAUGGCUCCCCCGCCCACUGCGAACAUUCCUCGAUCGAGGCCCGGAACGCCGCUGCCUCCGUCGCUUUCGCCUCCCCAGCAGUACCCGCAGGCAUUUCAUGAUGACCACAUGGCCGAGUUUGCGCCCAACGCGUUCGGUCCCGGGGGCCCGCCCCUGCCCUCCAUCCCCAACGCCCAGUACGCGCCCGCGUUCCACCCAGGCAUGGCGGAAUCGCACUGGUACGACCGUAUCAUGGACCUCCUGCUCGGCGAGGAUGAGACAGCGGCCAAGAACCGUAUCGUGCUCAUCUGCGGCCAGUGCCGGCUCGUCAACGGGCAGGCGCCGCCCGGCGCCAAGAGCCUGGCCGAUAUGGGCCGGUGGAGGUGUAUGGGCUGCGGCGCCAUGAACGGCGAGGAUGCGAGCUCAGGUCGGCGCAUCAUCAAGGAGGUGCUGCAGGAGAGGGCCGGCGCCAGCAAGGCGGCGCCGCCUACCCCUACAUCCGACUCGGCCGACGGCGACUUCAAGACCGAGACUGAUAGCGACUCUCUCGAGAUUGUGCAGCCGGACGACCAUGAGGGCGACAGCGCGCAGUGGUCCGAGGCAGACGCGAGGAAACACAUCAAGAAGGAGAAGAAGUGAUUGGGGAACAAGACAUGUCAGACGAUAAACUAGUUUUCUUUUGUCCUUUUUGAUGUCCCUAUUCCAGCGUUGAGCGCAGAUAAUCAAUAUCACCUAGUAAUUCAU